AUGACGAUCUUGACAAACGAGGCCCUCGAACGUCGGCGCGCUCGGAAGCGCAAAAACACCCAGGCCUGGCGGCUCAAGGAGCACCAACUCAUGGAGUCGCUACGGCAGCAAGUGGAGGCGCUCGAGCGCCAGCUCCGAAAAGAUGCCGAAGUUCGAACAACAGACCUCGUGCCGCGUAGCAGCGAGCUCGAAGCGCUGCGCCAACAAGAGACUAUGCUCACCCAGCAAAACGCCAAGCUGCGCGAGGCGCUGGCACGACGGCAAGCGCUCUUCGCCCUCCCGACCCAACUCCCCCCGUUUCGGUUGGCCGACCCUCGGCUCUACGACAACGUGUUUCUUCUUCACCAAGUGGAAGCCACGCUCCAGUGCCUCUCCGAGACGGUGCCCCCCGCGCUUGCCCAUGCGCACCCCGAGAUGCUUCGCGGGUGGUCCACCAAGCACGCCUGCAACGGCGGUCUCGUGUACGUCGACGCCACGUGCAGCCUCGGGCCCGAUGCGUCGACCGAUAUGCAGUCGGCUUGCGAUGCGCACUGGGAAGUCUUCAACGACAAGGAGCUCUACUCGCAAAUGAAUGCCCAUGCGCUCGACUACAAGGUCAUCCACCGAGCGCAUGACGACAUGCUAGUCGCUUGCUCGACGAUCCUCUUUCCUGACAACGUGCUCGUCACGCGCUACAUGAUCCUCUACAAGAUACGAUUCCGUGAUGGCUUUCACUCGUGCUGCAUGAGUUUUGCACCCGACCUGAGCGAGAUAACGACGUGCACAUUGAUGAAGUAUGCAAUCGUGCAUGGCAGCGUCGUCGCCCAAGCCCUCUCGCGGAGCAGCGUGCCACGCCACCUCGAUUCAACCAUUCUAGUGCCCAGGAUGAUCGAGCAGCUCUCCAAGUGGCUCGACCAGAUAUCACCACGAGUCGACCACAACACUGAGUUCACCGUGGCUCUGUGACCAAAAAUGUACCUGGCGUUCAGGCCCU